GGCGGGCGGGGCGAAGAUGGCGGAGAGCGGCCGGGGCCGGCCCGGGGCUGCCGCCGGGGGCAAGGCGCUGACCGCGGAGCAGGUGGUGGCUCGGUUCAACCGGCUGCGGCAGGAGCAGCGCGGCCUGGCCUCCAAGGCGGCGGAGCUGGAGCUGGAGCUGAACGAGCACAGCCUGGUGAUAGAGACCCUGCGGGAGGUGGACCCCACCCGGCGCUGCUACCGCAUGGUUGGGGGCAUCCUGGUGGAGCGAACGGUCAAGGAGGUGCUGCCAGCCCUGGAGAACAACAAAGAGCAGAUCAGCAAAAUCAUCGAGACGCUGAACCAGCAGCUGCAGGCCAAGGGCAGGGAGCUGAACGAGUUCAGGGAGAAGCACAACAUCCGCCUGGUGGGGGAGGAAGACCCCAAGCAGCCCCCCAAAGAGGGCCCCGAGGGAGCUGGGGCCAAAGGGGGGGCCGCUGGGGUCUUGGUUUCAUAGCCUCCCCCCAACAUUUCCCCUUCCCCCCACUCUGUGUCGUGGCUUUGUUAAAUAAACCUGGGUUGGGCUUC